UGGAAUUCUCAAUACACACUUUCCGGCCAAUUUCUCAAGUCUUUUUAAGUCAAGUCAACUACCGUAAUGAACACACCCAAUGGACAAAAUUACUAUAGAAUUCCACAUGUUACAUAAUAUAAUACAUUUCAUAUUCAUUCAUUCAUUCUUAUUCUGCUUAAUUCAUCCUAAAUUUUUUUAAUGUCUUCUUCCAACUUUGUGUUCUGUUUCCUUUUCUUAUUCUCUAAUCUUCCACUUCUUCUCUCUGCUGCACCUGAAUGUGAAAAAGGAAUCACUUUGUGUGGAUAUCUUGGAGAAAUCUCCUCCCCUUUCACCACCGUUAAUGACUCAGAAUGUGGCUAUUACAUAUCUGGUUGUGACAACAGCAGUUUAGUGAAAACAAUUCAACUCAGAGACCAAACCUAUAUAAUUGAUAGCAUGUAUUAUAUGAACAAUUCAAUUAUCAUCUAUAGCCCAAACUCUCAUAAAUUAAAUUUAGAAUCAUUUAAGAAUAGGCCAAUAUUCAGCAUUAACACUAUUAACUUCCACCGAUGCAAUCAUCACCGUGAGCACAUGUUCAAAUAUAGAAACUGUUCCGAUUACGAUAUCUACUUCACUUCUAUACCUGAUUAUCCCAUGUUCCCUAUUUUUCCAUUUCCAUGUUUACCAAACUUUGUCCCUCACGAUUGUGCAGAAAUAUUAUUUUCAAUACUCGAAAUUAAAGUAGAUUUAGAGUUUUCCAAAAAUGAAGUAGAUUUGAAGUUUUGUGAAGAGUGCCAUAGUAAAGGAGACUUAUGUCUUCCAGAUCAGAAAACUUUGAAGUGGAAUUGUGUCCCUGAUUUAAGCUAUGUAGCACCAACACCUCAGCCUCAGAUUGAAUACCAUUCCGAUAUUCAUACAAAGAGAAAGGAACAGCAUUUGAUGCUUGCGGUAAUAGGUUUAUCUAUUGGAUUGGCAACUAUGAUUGUUUUUAUUGGUCUGUACUGUUGGAGAAUCAAAUCUUUUGGUGUCAAAAACAUAUCAAGAACCAAUUAUCAAGGUAUCUCAAGAAAUACAACAUUCCCAGAAGGUGGAGCUGUCUACUUUGGAAUUCCUGUCUUCUCUUACGAAGAGCUCAAAGAGGCAACGAACGAUUUUGAUAAAGCUCGAGAGCUUGGAGAAGGAGGCUUUGGGACUAUUUACUAUGGAAAGCUUGUAGAUGGACGUGAAGUUGCAGUGAAGCGCCUAUUCGAGCGCAACUACAGACCAGUAGAAUCAUUCACAAAUGAAAUUCAGAUUCUCACACGCAUGCGCCACAGGAAUCUUGUAUCCCUUUAUGGCUGCACUUCACGCCAUAGCCGUGAGUUGCUGUUAGUCUACGAAUACAUCCCAAACGGAACAGUUAGUAGCCAUCUCCACGACAACAAAGCUGACCAAAGCUCAUCAUUACCAUGGUCAGUGAGAAUGAAAAUAGCCAUAGAAACCGCCAGUGCAUUAACUUAUCUUCAUGCCUCUGAUGUCAUUCACCGAGACGUGAAAACCACCAACAUUCUCCUUGACAACAAUUUCUGUGUUAAGGUUGCUGAUUUUGGUCUUUCAAGACUAUACCCUAAUGAUGUCACACACGUCUCCACAGCGCCGAGAGGAACACCAGGCUAUGUUGAUCCAGAAUAUCGUUUAUGCUACCAGCUAACAAACAAGAGCGAUGUAUAUAGCUUCGGCGUUGUUCUUGUUGAGCUAAUAUCAUCUUUGCCAGCAGUUGAUUUGACAAGGGAUAGAGAUGACAUUAAGUUGGCAAAUCUAGCCAUAAGGAAGAUUCGAAGAAGCGAAUUUUGUGACUUGAUUGAUCCUUCUCUUGGUUUUCAGACAGAUAAGAGAUUAAAAAAUGUGAUAACUUCUGUUGCGGAAUUGGCUUUUCGGUGUUUGCAAGAGGAGAAGGAAUUGAGACCCACUAUGUCUGAAGUGUUGGAGGUGCUGCAGACAAUUGAAAGCAGGAAGGAUGAGGCAGGGAAUCACGAGGGGAUUGAUUUUCAUCCUGAAGUAGGAGUAGCACAAAGUUAUGUACAUCCAUCAGUUCCUAACACUUGGAUGACGCCACGACGCCAUCGACAAACACUUUGAUGAAAAUGGUAUUAAGAUUGAUGCAUCAAAUAUACCAGUGACUAGACAGUUAGUCUUCGAUCUCAAGCAUUUGUACAUGCUUAUGCUCGUUGAGAGGUUCAUAAAUUCUAUAUAUAAGCAUAUAAUUCUAGUGACAGAUGAUAUUUGUUUGUUGAAUAUGAUUGUAUUAUAAAAACAUGGAAGUUAGGAUUUUUAUGUUUUCAAUCCAAAAGAUAAAUAUUAUGCCUCUUUAUACAUGAAGGUCUAAAAUGAAGUGUGCUUUGUUUUCCAAAAGGUUCUA